ACAGUAAUAUUAUAGCAGGUGGAACCUAUAAUGAUUCAAAAGGUUAUUUCAUUCAACCAACAGUAAUAGUCACCAAAAAUCCAAAAAGUCGAACUAUAGCUGAAGAAAUUUUUGGGCCUGUGCUUACAAUUUACGUAUAUAAAUCAGAUGAAUUUGAAAAGACACUUGAUUUGGCAAAUGAAACAUCCGGUUAUGCAUUAACAGGAGCAAUUUUUGCACAAGAUCGUUCAGUAAUUGUGAAGGCAGAAAACAAAUUACGAUACGCAUCUGGUAAUUUCUAUAUUAAUGAUAAAUCUACUGGUGCAAUAGUAGGUCAACAACCUUUUGGUGGUGCACGUGCAUCUGGAACAAAUGAUAAAGCCGGAAGUCAUACUUUGGUAUUUAGUUUUUGGGUAAUGAGUGGUCAAUGGUACGAUGCUAAUAUAUCAUUGCCAGGAUGUGACAAAAAUAUGCCAGGUCAAAGUACUUGUGUAUUGGGUAAAUUGGAUAUCGUAUCAGCGUUUCAAGCAUAUGGCAGUUAUAUUUCUGACAAGAUUACUGAAGAAGAAAGAUUUGACAUUAUAAGAAAUUCUUGUCCUGGUCCCGGUGCAUGUGGUGGAAUGUAUACUGCAAAUACAAGUGGUAAACGGUCACUUGAAGAAAAGGAAGAACAAGAAAUAAAAAGAAUGAAGUCUUAUGUAUCAAAAAAAAGAAAAAUAUCGUUUAAUAAACCAUUAGAUUGGGAUUCUGGUAUUUGUUAUGUCGAGCAUAAGGACCUUACUGAUCUCUUUAAGGGCAUUUCUACAGUGAAAGCUGGUCAAAAGACAACAUCAAACCAAAAAAUACGUGUUGGAUAUUUAGUAGAAUGUUUUUGGAAAGCUGUAGACAGGAUUGAUGGCUUGCAAAAAUCAAACUUGUACUAUUGUGGUGAGAAGACAAUAAGGCUAAGGGCUAGAGAGGGACUAAUUUCAGAAUAUUUGAAUUUCAUUAAUGUUAUCAUUGUACAAGAUCAUGAUAGUAACAGAUGCCACCGGCUCCUUCCAGGGCUUCGGGCAAUUGGCAAGACUUUUCUGCUCAGAAAAAUGACUUUAUGUACUAGCUAUUUAUUUCCAGAUACCAUGGUAAUUUAUGUCGAUUUCAGUACAAAUCAAGUUUUACUUUCAUCGUUAUUAUGUGCAGCAUUGGACAGAAGGGGAGUUGAUGUUAGUGAUGUUGAAGAGUUUGAACUAGGACCUGCUCUGCUCAAAGCUCGUCAGAAUGGAAUAUACCCAAUUAUCCUUGCAGAUGAAGUACAUACCCUUUAUGUUAAGAAAGACAAUACAGAUUUUGUUAGAAAUCAAACCAUUAUAAGACAAAUCAAAAAUUUUACUAAUUACUCACAAGGAAUGCUGUGGGCAGCAGGUUCUUCAGAACGAUUAGUGGACUAUGCUUAUGGUUAUGAGUUUGUACAUUACGAGAUUUCUCUUAAUGACAGCAAAAUGCCUUGUAGUCGAUAUUUAACAAUCAGUGAUCGUGAUGAAUUUGAACAAGUUCUUAGAGAAUAUGGAAAUGAUAAUUUUCAAGGAAUGGAAUUGGUGGAUGCUUUUAAAUGCACUGGAGGGAUACUCGGACAGAUAAUCAAUGGUAUCAAGGAACAAGGAAAAGAAUUGCACCCCAACACUAUUGAGGGUUUGAUAUUGGUAGCACUAUAUGAUGUCAAUAAUGUUGGUGAAUUCAAUCCAUUUAAAAUGGUCUCACUUUCACGAUCACAUAUCCUCAACUAUGUACCAGAAGACUUACAGCAGUCAGUACAGUUGAGAAAACUUGCUGAUAAAGGUUUUCUUCGUGAGACAAACACCAAUCAUUACACCUUCCUUUACCCAAUUCACUUUGACAUUAUCAAAGAAUCAAAAGACACCCUGUCAUUCAAGGAAAGAGUUGCAUUAUAUUUUCCAGAAGGACAGAAUAUAGCUGAGGUUUAUGAAAAAUUCAGAGCAGAAGCUGUAGCUGAACUAACAGCACAAAUCAUAAUCAGUUCAUAUGAUUUCCAGUUUGAUUGGGCAAAGGCAAGUGCAUAUCUUUAUAAAACAAGGGAGAAAUCUGUUAUCAAAUUGAUUCCAGAUGUUUUGGGUUGGGAUAUCGCCUAUUGGAUUUGUUAUGCUGAAAAGAAGAUGGUUGAACUUUAUUUGGAACAAGUAAAGGUUGGCUAUGCUGAAAAUUAUCUCACAGAAACAGAAGUUGAUAUUACAUUAACCAAUCGAUAUGAAGAUCUAGUUAAACAAUUAUCAGAGAUAUAUGCUGAUUGUUCAGUGAAAGUUGAAAAGGUAUUGUUCUGUUCGAGAAGAAUCUCUGAAAACCUUGAGCAAAAAUUAAUUGGUGCAAAUAUUAGGAUAAUUUACGCACGAGAAUAUCCUCACCUUGGGAGAAGAGUGGGUUCUUAUAUAAAUCUUACAGGACAUUGUCUCUUCACUAAAGUUCAUAAAAGAAUGUGA